GCCUUGGGACCCUGAUCUGCCCGACGAUGUGGAGGAAAUGAAGCUGAUACUUCAUAUGUGGGUGGCUCUCUUCUACAGCAAACCCAGCAAACUCCUGAGCAGCACGAGGAAGGUGGUGGAGCACAGCAACCCUGAGAAGUACGUCUCAAUAAAUAGCACUGGGGACUUUCUUGAGCUGAGUGAUGAUGGUGAGGAUUGUUUUGGGUUGGAGGCAUGCCCUGCAGACUCUCGGUCAGACCCUGACCAGACUCCCAGCAGCUCUCUGGAUCGCAGCACGCAUUGCCAGGGACCUUUCCGCCCAGAGGAGAGCCCUGCAGACUCUCAGACUGAUGCUGAUGGGACUCCUGGUGUUGUCGAUAGUACGGUAUCAUCUUCCUCAGGGGAACUGCCCUGUGGGGAGGAGGAGCCUUCCUCCACAAGCUGUUCCGAGAGCCUUUCCCUCACUGAGCAUGCUGAUGAGAGCCUGGCUGUGAAAGAUAGGCGGCCAGCGGUCGUUCCUGAGCAGCGUGUGCAUGACGUCUCAACCAUGACUGCGGAGGAGCCACCCAAGGAGGGACUGCCGGAUGCUACGAUCACCCCCAGCCCUUCCAAUGAGCUUGGCGAUGCUGCAACAGAUCCUGGGGCUGCUCCAGAGGAGCAGGAGGCCAUGGAGAGCACCCAGUCUCCAUCACAGAGCGACCUGGGAGGGAGCAGCUGCCUUUCCCAAAGGUGUGGAGGCGAUGUUUAUGCUGACCUUACUUCACUGAGCACUGGGGAAUCAAACCAAGAAGAUAACAAGGUUUUGGCAAAAGAAGAGAGUAGCAGCCCUUCUGCCAACUGCACAGAUGUGCUGGAUGAGUCCUUGGGAGCAGGUGAUUGCCAGGGUGUUGCCUUCGGCUGUACAGCCCCAGCAGGUGACUCUGAAGCUUGGGAGAGGGAUGAUGUGUGCCUCGGUGCAGGCAAGUCCCCCAGGAGUGACAAAAUGAACACAGCGGUGGUGGCUAAUGCACUGCAGGAGCCAGGGACCUCUCUUCAUCACCUCCUGGAAUCAGAGCCCUCCUCCUCCAUGAGAGAGGGGACAUCUGCCAUGAAGCAGAGCUCUGCAAACAGCCUGUCUCCACCUGCCCACGCAGGCUCGGCUCCUGCUUCUCCCUCCCAGCAGGUCCCUCUUCCCCGUGGCGGAGACGCGGACUCUCACAACCACUUGUUAGAGCAAAGCGAGCAGGGGCCAGUCCUGUGCCAGCACGGGAAGUCCUGCGAGCAAGUAGGUGCUGCAGAGGUGAGUGUGGCCACCGAGAGCCCAGAUGGCUCCUUAAAGCCCAGAUAUGCGGAAGAGGUGAAAAAAGACACGGAUCUGUGCCAUGCAGAGCCGGCGGAGAGCUCCCCUGUGGAUGUGCCUGUGCCAGGUGACCUGGGAUCAGUGCCUCCUUCUCCUCCGCAUGGUCACAAGGCAGGUCUGCACAGCGCUGAGCCAGACUCAGCCCUUGGUGUGCACCCUGAGACGCUCUCUCCUGGCAUGAGUCCGGUUCCAGAUGGUGCCCCAUGGUCCUGCUGCGUGGGCACCUGCCCCAGGUGUGCCAGCCCUGGGACGGAAGCAGUGGAUGCGGUCGGGAGCCACAAGAAGGAACCCAUCCUGCCUGAGGAUUUGGAAGGAGGAAGCAGCGUCCCUCUUGCCAGUCCUGCAUCUUUUUCAGCAGGGGAAUUGCUCCUGCCACUGUGCGAGCCCCAGUCUGUCUGCAACCAGGGCGAGCAAGAGGCCGCAGGAUCCGACGUGUUUGCUGAUCUGAACCGUGCCAGCGUGGAGGUGGGAGAGGGAGAAAUCCCCGCUUUCCCCUUCCCGAUGUCGCCGUUACAUGUGCACAGGGACCUCUGCAGAGAAAGCCUGGAGCUCAGUGAUGCUGUGGAUAUUUCAGACAUGCUCCUGAGAGCAAAGCAGCUCCCCAGAAACGAGAGACACAUGGGCUUGACCUUUGAAGAUCUGUGGGAGUCUUUCUCUGGAGACUCAGACCAGGAAUAUUUUGGGGGUACUUCACGGUCCCUGCUUACAGCCAGGGGUUCCUACAGCACGAGAUCCCUGGAUGCUGCAGGCACAAGGACUUACUGCAACUCCUCCUCCGCGAGCUCAGUGCAUACAGAGGGGCACAGCGAGGACUGGGGCUCGCUGGGUGCGGAGGGUGGCUGCUUGUGGGCUGAGCGCGGCUGGCCCAUCGGCCCGGAGGAGACCAGCAGUGGGCACGUUCCACCGUACGUCAAUAUUAGGGACAGCCAGGGAGUUGCCAAGGACUACCAGAACUUCGUGGUCACCAAAAAGUGCCAGGAAAAGAUGAGAAAUUUGCAAUCUUCGAAGAGGUGCAGCCACCGUGCGGGGCAGUCUCAUUUGUUAGGGUCACUGAUGGGGACUUGGAGGGGUUUUGAGGAAAUCACCCAGCACACUUUGGACAUGGAGUGUCUCCGUUUCCAUUAUAAGCUAAAACAAAUCCUAAGGAGUGGGAAACCACACUUUUCUACCUCCAAAAGCAUCUUUCCAAAAGACUUUUCUCCCCAGGUGAUGUCUAAGACAUUGCCUCUGCGAGAAGCUCCCGUCCCACGUUCCCCGCGGUGCAGGAGCCCUUUGCAGGUGACGAUCCUGCCCUCUGACACGUGGCCGAGCGGGCUCGGCUGGCACCGGCAAAGCAGCUGGCGUGGGGACCCGUGUGCCCUGUGGCAGGAGCCCCUCUGCGACGAGAGGAGCAGGGCCAGAUCCCAAACCCCGAGGCAGGGCUGCGCAGCUCCCUUCCACCUCAGCAAGCUCAAAUACGAUAAUAAGCUAAAGGACUCACAGGGGGAUAUCGCCGUCAUCCUCGAUGAGUUCGCCGAGUUCAACAGGGUGGUGCUGAGCAGGGCUGACGCGGGGAGCGAGGGCAGAGGGCCGGGCCCGGCACACGGGCGGGCCUCGAGCGAGUGGACAUGCGUGUCCUUCCCUGGGAGGAUGGCCGCCUUCGAGGAGAUGAUCGCGGACCUGUGCAGCACGCUGCGUUUCCACCUGCGCAGCGUGGCCAAGGAGGCCUGCGGCCGCACCGCCAUGUUCUACCUGGCGGAGACGGGCAAGGACCCUUUCUUUGCAAGAGUGAAGACCUUGCUGAAGAAAGACGGCCGUGUGGAGGUCGAACCCCUGAGCUUCUGUGAAGCGAAACACGCAGACACUGACAGGCUGCUUGUCAUCAUCAGGAAUGAGGACAUUUCCUCACAUAUCCACAACGUCCCGUGCUUGCUGAAGCUAAAGCACUGUCCCAAUGUGGUGUUCGCCGGCGUGGACAGCCCCGAAGAUAUACCAGGUCGCACGUACCAGGAGCUGUUUCAUACCGGUGGCUUCGUGGUGUCAGACGAGGAGGUGUUGGAAAUGGUAACGCUGGGCCAACUGAAAGAGGUGGUGAAGGUGCUGGAGAAGCUGAACAGAAGCGGGAGGUGGAAGUGGCUCCUUCACUAUAAGGAGAGCAAGAAGCUCAGAGAAGACAUCAGGGUGGACGCCAACACCCGCAAGAAGCACUUGAUCCUCAAGUCGUGCCAAGGAGCCAAUCUUAUCGAGGUGCUGCACUACCACGCCUGCGACUCCCGGUUGUCCCCCAAAUCUGAGUAUGUCAAGUGCUUGUUGAACCUGCAGGUUCAGCACGUCAGCGCCAGGUUCGCCGUGUAUCUCACUGAAAAGCCCAGCGUCAGCAGGGAGGUCCUUGAAAGUAAAGGAAUCCUCGUGGCCGACGUCAACACCUUCCUUGGGACGGCGCAGAAAGCAGCUGCCCCGUUUAGAAGAAGCUACUGGUAA